AUGGCUUUGUUGACACAACCACCCACUAAGCUUGCUAAGCAACCUUCUUGCUCGCAUGCUACCGAAGAUGGGACACCUUGUCAACCAUGUCGUGCAGCAGCAGCAGCAGCAGCAGCAGCUACUGUGGCUGUCGAUGAUAAGAAACAACAACAACCACCUCCUCAAGAUGCUGUUUGUGCCAACUGUCAAACAACCACCACACCUUUAUGGCGUCGUGAUGCUGCAGGAAAGACUAUUUGUAAUGCUUGUGGAUUAUACUACAAGCUUCAUCAUGUGCAUCGACCUGCUACCAUGAUGCGCACAGUGAUCAAACGUCGAAAGCGAUGCUCAACAGGCGGCAAUGCUGAUAAGAAGCAACAAUCAUCAUUGUCAUCCGAUAAGCGACGUAAGCGUGUUCAUCAUAAUAACAACAACAACAAUAAUACAUCACCACCUCUUGAAGAAGAAAGCGAUUCAUCUACGAGUAGUGUGGGAUCGCGAUCACCUUCAUGGCAUCCUGUGCAAUCGCCACCAACAUCCGCUACAUCAUCACCCUCACCAAACAUUGUCUUGCCGCCUAUCCAUGCGCCGCUUCAUCAUCCUCAUCACCAUGUUCCAGUGGGGACCCAUGAUAAUCAAGAUAUCAAGAUUAAGACUGUGCUUCCACCACUCAUCUUUGAUCAACAUCAUCACCACCAUCCAAAAGCUGUAUCACCUCAUCAUCACCCGUUACAUGGUCAAUCGACCGAAGACCUUAAGCAACAACGACAAGAACUUCAAAAUCGAGUCACUCGAUUAUCAUCACUGUUGCAAGAGACAGUGUCUAUGCUAUCAAAAAUCGAUGCUGCAUUAGCUGACCCAACAACCAACACCCCGGCAACAUCGCCAAAGAGUACCAUGUGCCCACCUGAUCAGGAGCAAGAAAUUGCGAGAUCUCUCUUAUCACUGGCUUCCGCGGCACCUACAAGCAACAACACCCCGGCAACUUCAUUACCGCCCACUACACCGCCACCCGCAGUAUCAAUCGCUUCCAGACCACCUUCAUCGGAACCCACUCCUCAUCUUCCACCUAUCGCUUUACCAACGGCUUAUCGUCCAUGA